UCCAGGAAGGCGAUGCCGAGCCGGGUGGCCAUGGAGGCGGCGGCGCGGAGGCGGCAGCUCCCGGGAGCGGCGGGCGGCCCCGGCGGCGCGUUCGUGCAGGCCAGGCAUGGCUCCGUGAAGGCUGAGGAGACAGAGCGCACAGCUCCCUUCCACUUGGACCUCUGGUUCUACUUCACACUGCAGAACUGGGUUCUGGACUUCGGCCGGCCCAUUGCCAUGUUGGUGUUCCCACUCCAGUGGUUCCCUCUCAACAAGCCGAGUGUCGGGGACUACUUCCACAUGGCCUACAAUGUCAUCACGCCCUUCCUUCUGCUCAAGCUCAUCGAGAGGUCCCCCCGCACGCUGCCGCGGUCUAUAAUCUACGUCAGUAUCAUCACCUUCAUCAUGGGAGCCAGCAUCCACCUGGUGGGCGACUCCGUCAACCACCGCCUGCUCUUCAGUGGGUACCAGCACCACCUGUCCGUCAGAGAGAACCCCAUCAUCAAGAACCUCAAGCCAGAGACGCUGAUCGACUCCUUUGAGCUGCUCUACUACUAUGACGAGUACCUGGGCCACUCCAUGUGGUACAUCCCCUUCUUCCUCAUCCUCUUCAUGUACUUCAGCGGCUGUUUUACCACCUCCAAGGCUGAGAGCCACAUGCCAGGGCCAGCCCUGCUCCUGGUGGUGCCCAGUGGCCUGUACUACUGGUACCUGGUCACCGAGGGGCAGAUCUUCAUGCUCUUCAUCUUUACCUUCUUUGCCAUGCUGGCCCUUGUCCUGCACCAGAAGCGCAGGCGCCUCUUCCUGGACAGCAAUGGCCUCUUCCUCUUCUCUUCCUUCGCCCUCACCCUCUCACUGGUGGCUCUGUGGGUUGCUUGGCUGUGGAAUGACCCUGUACUCAGAAAGAAGUACCCUGGUGUCAUCUACGUCCCCGAGCCCUGGGCUUUCUACACGCUCCAUGUCAGCAGUCAACACUGAGGCUCCCUGGGAGCAACAGGCCAUGGGUAUUUGUGCCUGGGUGCAUCGUGGUAACGUGGGCUGUGUGUGCACUGUGCACAGAUUUGCAGAGUUCAUUGUUGAGAGACUCGACUGUUUGGGUCCAGGAUUUUUGUUUGUUUUUUGCUUUGGACUUCAGAUGGAAUUUAGUUUGGGGAUGUAUAUGAAGGCCAAGAUCCUGGCCCUGCCCUACCCUGUAUUUCACUACUAUUAAGGGUGCCUAAGUAACACUCCUCUCAGGACUGGGCUGGCCUCACACAGAAAUGUCUUCUGGUGGCCAUGCAGGUGAGGGGUGGGUAGGGCAGAAACAGGAAACUAUGCCACCCACCCAGAAGCUGGCUUGCCCUGAAGCUGCCUGCCCCUGGACCCAAGGUUUCUAGGUCACAACUUCUGUGCUUUGAACAGUGUAUUUCCAUCUGGGCUUCAUUUGUUCUAGAGGGCCCUGUGGUCCCCAAGUAGCUCCAUGGACGAGGGGUUACUGGUUCCUCUGGUGUAGCCUCAGCAAGGAAGAGUGGUUCUAUCUGUUACUGCGUCCCCACCCUCAGCCUAGAGGGGUAUCUUGUCCAGCCUAGGACCUCACUGACAUGCUACUGAGAACCCAGUCUCCAGGGAGCCAGAGGCCCAGUUCCAGGUCACUAUCAGCUGAACUCUGGAAACCCGGCCUGGGUUUUGAGCUACAUGGAAGGUAGAGUUCUCAAGUCCUUGUUUUAUAGAUUCCCUGAGACCUGUUGUAACGGUCCAGGAUGUUACAAAUCUCUCUCAAGAUUUUACAUCUCAACCUGAA